AUGAUCGUGAAACCUGACGCUCUGCAAUUUAGGCCACACUUUCUCGAUCGCGGUUUCUACGCGGUCCUGGCUCAUGGCUUCAGUGCCUGUCCCCGCCUCGUGUGCCAACGACCCGAGUGCAACGGCGCCGCCUUCUGCUACCGUUGUCGUGGUCCUUGGAACCCUCCCUCCAAUGACCUCACGGAUCCAGACGUUGAGUGUGGUCAUGUCUGUUUCCGCAACCGCAAUACCAACCCACCCGAGGGUGUUUUCGUCUGGGAACGUCUGCGCCACAUCUUUGGUUUAACUAACACGACCGGUGCUACCGUCUCAGCCGCGGACGAUCCUUCAGCUGCUGCCUACGGUGCUGUG